AAGAAUGGCGAUUAGUGCAUAACAGCCGGAACGAAUGCGAAAGUGAAGAAGUGACGAUGAAAAAUAAAAUAAACAUCAGCUGUUUCAAUGCUGCAAAGUUUUUGAGCUGCUUCAUAUAAAAUACGCUUUAUUUUCUCUCGAAUUAUUGUUAAUUUAAUUUAUUUUACCGCUUUUCAUUUAAAAGCAUUUAGUUGAUAGUUCAGUACAUACUACAGUGUUGCAGUUUAAUUAUUAGAAUACGAAAUGAAUGCUAUUAUUGCGCUGUGCCAUUUCUGCGAAGCUCAUGGCCCCGGCGCGGUGUUUUGCACCCAGACCUUGCGCGAAACCAAUAUCCAGCUGUUGGACAUCCACUUCGAUACCGAUAGGAAAGGGUGUGCCGCCUGUAACUCAAUUGGUAACAGCAUCGGGUUGGUUAGCAAAGAUCCGGACAGCAAUGCCCACUUCGUCAGCAGUCAAGUUCCGGUCAUCAACGAGACUAUCGAACUGGUUAAGAAAGCUGCCUUCCGGAGCAUCAGCAGCGAGGUGAGUUCGGGGGCGUCUUCAUCGUCCCACGGCAAUGCCGGCGAAGGAGGAGGGGGAGGGCUAGUGUUCUUCGGAGAUGCCCACCGAGGUCACGUGUUGAGUCACACCUUCCACCUGAUGGACUCGGAAGCCCGUGGAUUUAGCAAGUUGUUUUCGAUCGUGAUUCUGAUGAAGGAUAAAAUGUUUCUGCUGAAUAUACAACCCUUUCUGGCCGAUUGUCUGAACAAAAUUUCCAAGGAAUUGCAAGGAUAUGCCAAGACAGUUCACGAUGAAGAACUCAGAGCGCAAGGAUCACAACGGGCACAGAGGAUCACUCAGGGCUAUGCGAGUAAUCCUUCCAGAACCAGAUCGCUAGUUGAAUUAACGGGGAAGGAAUCGAUAUUUGCAUACUUGCAUGCUCACUUCACCUUCGUCUUGUGGGCUGGGGCAAGAUAUUUAACGGAAAGCAUUACGCUUGGAAGCCCAUCGGUUCCAGCUUGGUUGGGACGGGACACGGAAGAAGGUUUCACGAUGGUUCAAACCGAAAAGGAAGGUUACCUGAUGAGAAGGAUGGGCUACGGCAAGACGGAGGACGAUAGCGAUCGAAUCGACGAACGAUCCAAGGCCAAAUAUUCGUUGAAAGCUUUCCGACAGAUGCUGAAAGGGGACUUUCAAUCGGUGUGCUUCUGCGUCAUUACGGGUAUCCAGAUAGUGAUUCGAGCACCGUACAUAAAAGGCGCUUGUUUGGCGAGCAAUCUGAAAAAGAUGCUACCGGAACCUAUGCACAAAUUGGUCCGCACGCAAGCGGAAUCCUACAAGGCUGCCAACGAAUGCAGGAUAAUUAAUCUGAGUCAAGAUGCGGUCGCUCCAAAUCCAUCGGCCGGAAUCAUGAGAAUCGACCUGCUGGAUGAUCGAGAAAACGUAGCCGUUUGCGUCUGGGAUGGCGAUCUGCCCAAAAAACUGCCAACGCUGCUUCAGAAAAUCGACCAAGCUAUGAGAGAGGAACUAUUCACGGAUUUGGUCCUGGACAAACACCUUCGAGCGUUGGUUGAAGAGUGGAAAAACAAAGUGGUCUGCAUCCGGAAGAUGAGCUCCAACCAGGACGUGGCCAAGAUGAAGAAAAUCCUGGGCAUCCAGCCGCAGGACCAGGUGCUGAUCAACUACUGGCACAGCCACUUAUGACGACACACUGCGAGCUUCGAUUUCGUGGAAUCGCUUUUCUUAUGUUUUCGAUUCAAUACACACAUAAUAAAAGGAAA